AGAAGCUGACAGCAACUGUAUGUAGUUGAACUGUGGUUCAAUGGUGUAGCUUUAACCAUAAAUUUACUUAUCGACUUCGUGUGUCAGUCUUGCGGAAAUAGCCGAGCGGCCCGGAUGUGCUUUGUGCGUGUAUUUAUGGAGAAUUUAUUCAUCGCUGAACUGCAUAUGUUUUUGUUAAGUCGUUCCAUCUCGGAGGAACGCGUGUAAACUUGUUUUGUCAUAACUAAUCCUAACUACUAGCGAUGAAGACGAGCCUUUGAACUGUCCGCAGUCAUAAUUAAGAAGAAGGCUUCGUGUGUUGUUACCUGUUCAACGUGUUUCUAGACUGUUAAACAAUUGGCUUUUGACAAAUCCUGCACGAGAAGAAAUCUUUCGUGAAAUAAAUUGAUAAUUCAAAUUAACUUUAUAUAAAAUAUUUCUAAAUUUAAAUAUUUCUAAAUUUAAAAAUUUUUUAUCUGAAAUUUACUCAAAUAGUAUGAGAUAUCUUAAAUUUAUCACAAAUGUACCGCAUGAGGAUGCCCUUGGGAGUGUUCCAGCACGUUCUGGGCACAUUCAAGAUAAUUUCAGGAUAUUUGGUUUAACAGUGCGUUCUAUUAUUUAUUGUAUUCUACUAAUUCUUUGUUCUAUAUUGUUGAUACUUUCAUCAAGGAACUUGAACAUUUGCACUAAAACAAUGCACACCCAUGUGUUACACUUUGAUAGACUACAAUCUCUUUCAUAUAUUACAUCCGACAAGUUCCUGUCUUUUGGCCUCGACACAUCUUUACUUAGGAAGAUAAAUGAGUUGCCUCUCAGAAAUAAAAAAUUUAUUAAUCUAAGCCAACAUUUGAGUCCUGCUUAUGUUAGAAUAGGUGGAACUUCUGCUGAUUGCCUGAUAUUUAAUCAGGCGAAGCAAAGCUAUUCCAAGAAGAUUCCUAGCCCUGUGGAUGGUGAGGAUAUUAGUAACUUUACUAUUUCUGGCUUGGAUUUGAUUACUAUCUAUGAAUUUGUAAUAAAGUCCAAGUUGCGAAUGGUUUUCGAUUUGAAUGUAUUGCUUAGAAAUUUGAAUGGAUCGUGGAAUGACACUAACGCACAGGAGAUUAUCACAUUCGCCAAAAAUCAUGAUAUGGAAUUGGAUUGGCAAUUGGGAAAUGAACCGAAUUCCUUCCAUCACGUGUUCAAUGUGACGAUUUCUGCAACUGAACUCGCAAAGGAUUAUGAUUGUUUGAGGCAAUUGUUGGAUGAAGCAGGAUAUGUCGAGAGCAUCCUUGUUGGACCGGAAGUAAAUCAUGUCGGUGAUACGAAUCAUAUGGGAGAGAAAUAUGCCGAGACGUUUCUAAAAAGUCAAAAAAACACCGUAAAUUACGUUACAUGGCACCAAUAUUAUUUGAAUGGACGGGAAGCUAAAGUUCAAGAUUUCGUGAAUCCUCACACGUUCAAUUAUUUACCGAUGCAAAUUAAAGUCAUGGAAGAUUUCGUCAUUGCAUCAAGAAAAAAUGUUUCUAUGUGGUUGUCAGAAACGAGCACAGCGUUUGGUGGAGGAGCACCUGAACUAUCCGACAGAUUCGUAGCUGGAUUUCUAUGGCUGGACAAAUUGGGAUAUAGUGCCAGUGCUGGAUUAAAUGUCGUCAUUAGACAAACGUUAUUCGGCGGGCAUUACGCUAUGGUAUCGCCAGAUCUUACACCGAACCCAGAUUGGUGGGUUAGUGUUGUUUACAAACAACUCGUGUCGGAGAAAGUCUUGAAAUUAAUAACACCAAAUAAUUAUGGUUACGUUCGUCUAUAUGCACAUUGUACACCGCAACAAGUUCUGAUUAAUAGAAUGUCAGCCAUCACAAUUUAUGGAAUGAACAUAGACAAAGUUGCGGCUCACGUAGUUAUUCCAACAUUGACCGUACAGCAGAGCAAAAUCGUGAAAAUACUGUUUUACUCUUUGACCGCCGAUUAUCUUCAAUCGAGUGAGAUAAAGAUGAAUGACGAAGUAUUGAAGCUGCGACCGAACGGAAAUCUACCGCCAUUUCGACCUAGAAUAUUGAAACCUACGGAUCCCAUUAUUCUAUCGCCAUAUUCUAUGGUAUUUAUGGUAAUUCAUGGCAUUGAAGUUCCUGCCUGUUCAACUCAAUUGGAUUUUCAAAUGCGAUAAGUCGCACACGAAAUUUAAAAAUGACGUUUAUAUAUAACUUUCUCAUUAAACUACAUUAAACUAUAUUAAAGCUUAUAUUAUAUAUUUUUAACUAUAUUAAAACAUAUAUUUUUAAACUGUAUCAUAGCUUAUAUUAUGUAUCUUUAUAAAUUUCUAAUAACACGGAAUGUCUAGCGUGUGAUGCUUAAGCAAAUAAUAUUGGAAUUAAUUUUU